UAAUAUAAUUGGUUUACGCGAAAGUUAUAGCAUUUACAAAUGGUGGUAUAGAUACUGGAUUUUAUUUUUUUUUUACUAGUAAUGGCGGUGAUCAGCGACUUAUAGUGGGACUGCGGUGGGCAUUUUGACACUGGGGGGAAUUGACUUGGUGUCACUGACAUCCCCAGUGACAUCAAUACAGUAAUCAGUGCUAAUAAAAAGCACUGACACUGUACUAAUGGCACUGGGCAGGAAGGGGUUUACAUGUGGGGUGAUCAAAGGGUUAACUGUGUACUGUGUGCUAGUGCUUUCCACUGCAAGCACACUGCUUUGUAUGGCUCUGCAUAGCAGAGCCAUACAAAGCAGUGUGCAGGAGCUGACA